UGACGCACUGGAGCCCGUCAAGUCCGCCAGGCAGCAGUGUCCGCCUCGACUCAACAAGCUCAGCUCAAGGAACCGUCCGGGGAGCAGCAACAUGCAGGAUGGCGAGUGUGGAGACAGCCGCCGAACACGAACGCAUCCUGCGGGAGAUCGAGAGCACUGACACCAACUGUAUCGGGCCGACCCUCCGGUCGGUGUACGAUGGUCAGGAGCAUGGCCUCUUCAUGGAGAAGCUGGACGUGCGGAUCAGGAACCACGACCGCGACAUCGAGAAGAUGUGCAACCACCACUUCCAGGGGUUCGUCGACUCCAUCACGGAGCUGCUCAAAGUACGGGGGGAGGCGCAGAAGCUGAAGAGUCAGGUGACUGAGACCAACAGGCGUCUUCAGGGUGACGGCAAAGAGCUCAUGAGCGCUAUGGAGGAGCUGCAAAAGUGUCGAGUGCAGCAGAGAAACAUCGCCUCCACCAUCGACAAGCUGUCGCACUGCUUACCAGUCCUGGAGAUGUACAGCAGACUUCAGGAGCAGAUGAGAACCAAAAGGUACUACCCGGCGCUGCGGACGUUGGAGCAGCUGGAGCACACGUGUCUUCCGCGGGCCGGUCAGUACCGGUUCUGCUCCAUUAUGGCGGAAAACAUCCCCAAGCUGAGGACGCAGAUCCGGGACACGGCGAUGACGCAGCUGAGAGACUUCCUGGAGAGCAUCCGGAAACACUCGGACAAGAUAGGAGAGACCGCCAUCAGACAGGCCCAGCUGCAGCGCUCGUUGGACACACAGCCGAGGACCCUGAUUGGCCGACGCGGCAGGAAGGAGGCGGCGGCGGCGGGAGGAGGGGCGGGGACGGACAGCGGCGUGGCGGGCGGCAGUCCAGUGUCGGAACAGGACUCUGGCAUUCUGGAUGUGGAGGAUGAAGAGGACGAUGAAGUCCCAGGAGCUCAGGACUUGGUGGAUUUCUCCCCGGUUUACCGCUGUCUGCAUAUCUACACUGUGCUGGGUUUGCGUGAUGUGUUUGAGAACUACUACAGAAAGCAGAGGAGGAAACAGGCUCGCCUUGUGCUGCAGCCCCACUCUAACAUGCAUGAAACUCUGGAGGGAUACAGGCGCUACUUCAAUCAGAUUGUCGGCUUCUUCGUGGUGGAGGACCACGUCCUUCACACCACGCAGGGUUUGGUCAACAGAGCGUACGUGGAGGAGCUGUGGGAGUUGGCGCUGUCCAAACUCAUCGCCGCCCUGAGGACGCACUCUUCGUACUGUGACAACCCGGACCUGGUGCUGGACCUGAAGAACCUCAUUGUGCUUUUUGCUGACACACUGCAGGGUUACGGUUUCCCCGUGUCGCAGCUGUUCGACAUGCUGCUGGAGAUGAGGGAGCAGUACGGGGAGAUCCUGCUCAAGAGAUGGAACGUCACCUUCAGGCAGGUGUUGGACCAGGAUAACUUCAGUCCGAUCCCAGUCUCAACAGAAGAUGAGUACAAACACUACACUUCCCAGUUUCCCAUGGAGGACCCCGAACUGGACAAGCUUCCCUUCCCCAAGAAGCUUCCCUUCUCCGAGUUUGUGCCAAAAGUCUACUGCCAGCUCAAAGAGUUCAUCUACGCCUGUCUGAAAUACUCCGAAGACCUGCACCUCAGCUCCACGGAGGUAGACGACAUGAUCCGCAAGUCGACAAAUCUGUUGUUGACCAGAACCCUCAGCCACUGCCUGCACUACGCCAUUAAGAAGAAGAAUGUCGGGCUGGCAGAGUUGGUGCAGGUGAUCAUAAACACCACCCACCUGGAGCAGAGCUGCCACUUCCUGGAGGAGUUCAUAUCAAACAUCACAAAUGUCCCGCCCGACUCGGCGAACGCUACCAAGCUGUACGGGACCUCCACCUUCAAGGACGCUCGCCACGCGGCCGAGGCCGAGAUCUACACCAACCUCAAUGCCAAGAUCGACCAGUUCCUGCAGCUGGCCGACUACGAUUGGAUGGCGGCGGUGCCGGGAGGCGGGACUCUGGAAGCCAGCGACUACCUGAUCGACCUGAUCGCUUUCCUGAAGAGCACCUUCAGUGUGUUCACCAACCUGCCUGGAUCGCCGGUAGAACACGCUACCUUACCGGGUAAAGUGGCCCAGACAGCCUGCAUGUCUGCCUGUAAACACAUCUCCACCUCCCUGACGCAGCUCCCGCUCGACCCGGAGGUCAGACAGAUCUCCAUGGGAGCUCUGCACCAGCUCAACACUGACGUCAAGGAGUGCGAGGGUUUUGCCAGAGCCGGCCCGGUCGCAGGCUUCCAGGGUGACACGUUGCUUCUGGCCUUCAGUGACUUGAGACAAUUACUGGAACUGUUCACACAGUGGGAUUGGUCGACCUACCUGGCUGAUUACGGCAAACCCACCUGCAAAUACCUGAGAGUCAACCCACAGACUGCUCUGGCCCUGCUGGAGAAGUUGUUUAAGCCGAUGAGGGAGACGAGCCGGAAGAACAACGUCUUCGCCCAGUUCAGGAAGACGGACAGAGACAGACAGAAACUCAUCGACACCAUCAUCAAACAGCUACGCAACCUCAUCGCACAGCACCACACCUAGAGCGAGCCACCCCAUUGGCCAGCGGGCUUGAAUUCAACCAUCCAUCCUGAUGAAAAGCACGACGUCAUCCAUAUGUUCAACCAUUCGCUCAUCUAUGCACCUUAACUUCGCCGGACUCGACCGAACCUCCUCCGACCGCAGCCGGUUCCUUUCACCUGCAACAAGAUCAUUGGAAAACAAGGUCAUUCUGUUUAAUUUCAUUGGUUAAUUAAAGCCACUCCUUCCAGAAUAACGUAGUUAAAUCCCUAUUGAAACUCUUGCUGUACUUAUUGACAUAUUUGUAGACGUACAAGGUGGGAACUGGGUGCGAGAAUUUAUUCUUUGUACUGUACGCUUCCUGUUUCCUUGUCCUAAACUCAAACUGGCUGGUUCAGCGGCCUCUCCUCAUCCCCUUUAUGUUUUUUCCCAGUGCAGAGAACCUUUAAUGUCGUCCACAUUGCUCUCUCUCACUGCGGCACAAUGACAGAACGUGUUGAAUGUACUUCAGAGCGUUUUAAUGCUGCAGCCAGAAAAGCACUGAAAUCGAGAUCAAGUCCGGAAACAAAGCUAAACGAUAUUGGUGGUAAAUGAACAGAAUGUUCUUCAAGUAUUGUCUAAAAAAGGGGGAUAUACACGCAACAUGGCAACCAUUUCCCUCUUAAUAUACAACCUGCGUACACUUGAAUGGGCAACAGUCAUCCCCCUUCUUAACGCCUGAAAGCACAGUGAGUGCUUGGGAUUUAAAAGGGGGGAUGUUGUCCAAACAUGGCAACCAAUUUGCUCCGCUUUCAGUAAAACUUGAUCGAGGUUGUUGCCUGAGCAUUUCCUACUCUACCAUGUAUAAAUAACUGGGUCUUAAGGAGUGGGAUAAUGCCCCAAUCUGGCAACCGCUACAAAGGCUAUAGUUUUGUUUUCCUGGUCGACCAGAAAAAGACAAAUUUCUAUAGAAAUCAUCGCCAAGCACACACGCGCUUCCACGUCUUCCAUACAAACAAAUGCCGAGCUGUGUGUGUGUGUGUAGUAUGUCUACUUGUACACACAGGUUUGUUUCACUGAAGCACAAAAUUACAUUUACACUAGAUUAUAUAUAUUUUUUAGCUAAUAUUGUUGUUUGCUUUUUUCUUUUCUUGAAUGGGGGCAAUAACAGCGGUUUAUAAAAGGGAUUCAAACCGACCGUGUGUGUGUUAGAAGGGAACGCAAGUCUUUCAAUGAGCAGCCAUGUUUGUUUUACUGCGCGAGGAUCGCGUCAUGUGACUUUCUUUAUCUUUAUCUCCAUCCAUCCUUAGCUGUGUAUUAUUUGUAGGUGUCUUGUAAGGGAACGGUGUCGUCGUUAUUGAAUGUGCCUUUGCUGUAUUUUGCGUUUUAUUUUGUAUUAUUUUCGUGCCAAUGAAGCAGCAACGCUGUGGUGUUUGGAGUCUGGACACUCAAAGUCCACUCGCUUGCUUUUCUUACAGAGCUGUCGACCACAUCUCAGUCUGUUUGUUACACAGAUUAUAAUGUUUACGCUGUUAUCUGCAGAAACAAUUAUUCUCAGACCUGGAUGAUGAACAAAGGGAAAACUGAGCACACGUAACCAAUAAAAUACAUAUAUGGUUAGUUGUAAACCGGAUCCACUUCUCCAACGCUGUGUUCCAGAGUCCUCGCACUGCAGCUGUUGCUCCUUUGUUUUGUAUUUUGUGAGCAGAGAUCUUUACUGAGACAGAAGCACUGUUGUACACGCUGUUGUAUUAAACCACUAACCAAUGAAAUUAAAGUCAAAAUACUAAUUAAGUUGCAAAAAAUGGCAACAGACAAAUAUGGAAUAAAAGAAAAACUGUUGAGAA